CCAACCGCAGCCACGCGAAGACAAACCCUAGCUGCUAGAACUCGCCGGAGAAUCAGGGAGAGCGGAGGACAUGGCGGCGGCGCUGGACAAGAUCAAGGCCUUCUGGGACUCGCAGUACCACAACGAGGAGAACUGGGCGCUCAACUAUAAGGUGCUAAAGGCUGCUGGUUUGUUUGCUGGAUCCAUCUUCCUGAUGCGCACCCAGGGUGACAAUAUGGUCAUCUAAACAAUAACGAUGGAUAUCUGGAGGAGCUGGUUGCUUGUCCCUUUUUCCAUUUGUUUUAUCAACAUGGUCAUAGUACAUGUUCUUAGUGUGGAUUAAGGAGAUCAACAGUUCUUAGACAUUUCUUUGUAAUAAUGGAAGCUAAAGUAGUAUUACCUUUUUAGAAGCUCUUCUGCUUUCUGAAUUAUAAGCCUAAUCGUCAAGAACUUGUUGGGGAUCUCCUUUUGUUAAUGUCUUCUUGAAUUCUGUAUCCUUCAGUGAGUUAAUCCGAUUAUAUCUUUGCUGCGAA